AGGAUGAUGCAGAAGCUGAUGAAGACAUUUACUGUGACAAAGGAGAAAAUACACCUGCACAGAAUAGUGAUUUACAAGAGAAUGCCAAUGCAGCACAGAAAUGUGAAUCUAUGAGUAAUACAAUCUCAGAGAAGUGCACAUGGGACAAUCGUGCUAGGGAAGUUUUAACACAAGUGGGGUUAAUUCAGUUCUGUGAAAGAACUCUUUCACUGAGGGAUAUGCUAGAAAUUAAUGUGGAAGCUUUGGGAGGGUGUGCACCAAAAUCCCUAGAAAAUGUUCCUUGGUACUUUCUUAGAAAGGUAUUGAGAUCAGAUUCCAGUGCAGUCAACAUAAAAUAUAACUCUGAUGAUAUAAGAAAUGAAAUGCAGGAGCUGGAAUGUGAUGACAUUUUUACAACAUCUACUUAUGCAAUAGUUCCUUGGAUCCACCCAUUAGAUGUAAUUGUGUCAGUUUUUCUCUGUUCAGAUGCUCUGUUACAGCAGGAGCUCAUGGUAAAAAUGGCUUCAUGUCAGUUCGCAUUACCACUUUUACUGCCUACAUGGAACAACAGUUGUACCUUCCUCCUGUGGGCACUGCGCUCAGUUAUAAAGAAGUGGAAUCACAAUGGAGGGAAAGACAACAGUGGGUUCCAGGAAGAACAUGUAGUUUCUAUGAAAAUUCCAACUUUCUCAUUUAUAAGGGUAGGUGACAUUAAUGUGUCAAAGUCUAAAACACUGAAUGACAUCCUUAACAAUAAACAGCAAUAUCAUAAUAUCUUUCUCCAUCACCAGAUGGAUUGUGCAAAUUUAUCUAAGAAAAUUUCCAGUGGUCUUGCAGAGAUUUCUUGGUAUCUUCCACGUGCCUCAGAAAAUACUGAUGUUUUUACAGACCCAUUUCAGAUAAUUAAUCUCCAUGGUGAUGCCAUCAACGCACCAGAACUAGUUGAAUUUUUAACACUAGUCUCAUCUGCGGUCUUUGUGUUUCUCUCUGAUAUCACAGAUAUGAAGCUUCAGUGCUUAAACAAAAUAGCAAAAAACAAGGCACAGAUCUAUCUUGUAUUAACUUCAGAUGUUACAACACAAAAUGCAAAGGAAUUACUAGUGUCAUUUACACAAAAGUUUAAAUUGUACAAAAAACACAUUAUUAUCAAAAGCCAACAAAUAAACGAUUCUGACUUUACAACAAAACUUUGUCUCAGACUACAGUCUGCUCUGGAUCACUGUGACUGUGAAAACAUGUUAUGUCUAGAAGAAAUGAUUUCUGUGGCACAUCAGUGUGGGAUUCAUGUAGAUGAGGACGAUGAACAAAUUCAACUUACGAAGAGCUUUUCUGAAGACAUCACUGAUCUUAUGAAAUCUGAUGAUAUCCAACAUUUCAAAUGUAACAGUUUCAGAUUUCAAGGUGAAACCUGCAAGAAAGUAUCAGCAAUUGAAAAAGAGCAAAGUCGUUUAAAAAAAUGCUCAGAGAGUGUGGUAUUGUAUGUUCUGAAGUUAGAAGAAGAAAAAAGUCAAUUAAGGCAGUCUCUGUUAAAAAAAGGACUUCCUGACAUUAUGAAAAGCUUCAUUCAGAAACUGACUGAUUUAUCUGGAACUGAAAGACAACUUUUUCUUCAGUGGCUGAAACAGAAGUUAGAUUCCAAGUCUCAAACUAGAAUGUCUGCUUUAAAAUCUCAGUACAGAAAUACAUACAACGCAUUAAUUAAUACAAAAACCCCGGCAGAAAGAGAACAAAAACAGGCAGUACUUAAAAAGAUUAAUAAUAAACUCAGUACUGUCUCACUUGGACUAGAGCAUUUCAUGCGUGAACUAGGGCAUAUUUAUGAAGCUCUUGUAGCAGAAAACAAUGAAUCAUUUCAAGGAAUUCCCCAGACUGAUACAUUAGCACAUAAGGUUGCACAAUUAUUGUUAGAAGUUUUACCUCUGGAACUUCUUGAUGGAGAUACUGGUACCAUACCAAUACACUGGGUAACAGCUGUUCUAAAACAAGUUUCUACACUUGUAGGAGCAGAUAAACAUGUAUUUGUACUGACAGUAUUAGGCGUACAAAGCACUGGGAAGUCGACUUUGCUGAACACAAUGUUUGGGUUGCAGUUUGCUGUGAGCAGUGGGAGAUGCACAAAAGGUGCAUUUAUGCAGUUAAUUAAAAUCACAGGUAGCUUACAAACUCAGUUGGGCUACGAUUUCCUUAUGAUUAUUGAUACUGAAGGAUUAAAAGCACCUGAGUUACAGAGUUUAACAGAUGCUUAUGAGCAUGACAAUGAACUGGCAACACUCGUGAUUGGAUUAAGUGAUAUGACCUUGCUAAAUAUGUCCAUGGAACAUUCUGCAGAAAUGAAAGACAUAUUGCAAAUUGUUCUGCAUGCCUUUAUCAGAAUGAAAGCGGUUGGGAAGAAGCCAGUUUGUGUCUUUGUCCAUCAGAAUGUUGGUGAUAUUUCUGCUUAUGAUCAGAACCUGGCGGGUCAUAAACUUCUUAUGGACCAGUUAGAUGAAAUUACAAGAGCAGCAGCAAGAAUGGAAAAAUGUGAAGACAAAUUCAACAAACUUAGUGAUGUUGUAACAUUUGACCCCAAGACAUCAAAGGGCUACAUUGCAGGCCUUUGGCAUGGUUGUGGCCCCAUGGCAUCUGUUAGUAGAGGAUACAGUACCAGUGUAUUUGAGCUGAAGAAGUCUUUAUUUCAGACAAUCCAGACAUGCAGUAAAUACAAGGAAACAUUUUCUGACUUAUCCAAGUUGAUCCAUGACACAUGGAGUGCAGUGAAAAUGGAAAACUUCAUAUUUAGUUUUAAAAACAGCUUGGUAGCCGAGGCAUACCAUCACCUUACAUUUGAGUUUGUUAAAUGGGAUUGGGAAAUGAGAAGAGCUGUGCAGGAGUGGGUAAUCCAAGCGGAAAAUAAAACUGAAUCAUCUGAAACCGACAUUUGUAAUUCAUUAAAAACAGAACUCAGAAUGUUUAUUACAGAAAGACAGACUAUAGCACUCAAGAAUCUGGAAGAGUAUUUUACUGAUAACCCAGAAAGGUCAAAGCUUCUUAUAGAAUACAAACAAAGGUUUAUUAACAGCAUUCAAAGUCUUGGGAAAGACUUACUUCUUUUUGCCUCAGAUAGGUGCCAAGAUGCAGAUCGGAGAAACAAAAGCUUAAAAGAAAUCAAUAAUCUGAAACUAGGUUACACCAAGAAACUUGAAAAGGGCAUUUCUAAACUGUUGAAGAAAUGUAAACAAUGUAAAGAUAAGCUAAAUGAUGAUGGCUUGUUAUUUUAUUUUAACACAAUGUGGUAUAAAGAAACUCGUUCUAUUCCUCUUCCUCUGACAAAGAGUUUUGACAUUGAGGCAGAUAUGGAGAACAGUCUGAGGGAGCACAUGCCUACAAUGUCAGCUGGUAUAAACAAAACAAUAAAAGAAGUAAAAGGUGACUGGAACCUUUUGAGAAGUAUGAAGAAUUUUAUAACAAACACAUUCAGGAAUGAAACAGAUGAGCAGAUGGCAAAAAGUAAAACUGCCUUUGUAGAACAACAGUGCAAGAUUUUUAUAGAAAACAUUGUGACACAAGACAGGGAUUAUUACCCCACUGACUGGUUUGCAAUUUUGAGGUAUGUGGAUGAAAAUAUUAUAAAACUGCAAACGGAUAGGUUUUCUUACUCAUCUGAAUUUCUUUUGGAGUUCAAGCUGCAUGUAUGUGCUUCUGCACUCCCAAAAUUAAAGGAUAUGCACAAGAAAUUUUCUGAAAAAUAUGACCUUCAGAAGCUGCUCACUAGAGAAAGAGACAAUUAUUUUUGCCUGUUUAAGGAACUGUACAGAACUAAUGAUGCAAGUCAAGCAAUGGCAGAAAUAUUUGCUGAAAAUGUUCUGAAACCAGGAAUUAUCAAAGCAAUACAGAAAAGGCUUGGAUCUGACAUUGUUCAUGACAUGAAAAACAAUUAUUCUGGUGGGGAAUUUAAAACUAGAAUGAAUUUUCAUGCUGCAAUUAUGCAUGAAUUGCACAUUAAAAAUAAUUUUAAAAAUUACUAUAAUUACAUUAACUGUGGUACUUUGUUUGAAGAGAUGUGGCUACAUGACAAAAUAAUUCAUCACUGUAUGAAACAAAAUAAUGGGCACACCAGACUUUCUGAUCUGGCCACAGAUAAUUUGAAAAUGUUAUUUAACAUGCUGAGAAAAAAGAUAAAUAAUGCCAAAGUUAACUGUGAAUCAAUAGUGGAAUUUUUCAAGAAAGUACAGGAAAGCAUUCAAAGUCAUCUAGUUAUAUCCCCAGAUAUCAACACAUUUGCAUCUCAGACCAAUCUGCUGUGUUUUUGCAAAUAUUUAGAUGGCAGUAUUGAAAAGAUUGAAAAAGACAUAGAAAUGGAAAUUGAACAGUGGGCAGUUGAUACUGAAAUAGCAUCCCUCCCCUCUUCACCCACUACUCUGCUCUAUGAAACCUUAGUAGGAUGUGGAACAUGUUGCUUCUGGUGUGGGGCCCCCUGUGAUUGCACUCAACCUGGUCACCUGACUCACAGUACUAACUACCAUAGACCAUGGGGAGUUAAUGGGUAUAAGGUGAAAAAGUCAAAUAAGUUAACUGCUGAAAUCUGCACAUCACUUGUUGCAAGUGGUAAACUCUUUCGGAAUAAGGAUACUAGUUGGAAAUGGGUUUGUAUCAAAGAGUAUAAAUCAGUUAAUGAUUACUACAGAUCCUGGAAUAUUAUACCAAACACAAGUCUGAAAGCAUCAGCUUACUGGAAGGCUGUCAUCUACAAAUAUAAUGAACAGUUUGCUAAAGAGUACAAAUGCUUACCUGCUGAUGUUCCACCUGAAUGGAAUUUUACAUGGAUAGAUGUCUGCAGAGAUAUUGAGGAGGCUUACAAUGUAAAUAUGAACAGUCUGUGGGCAAGUAGCAAAUGUGAAACUAGGAAAUAGGACGAUUUAAUGAAUAAAAUGUGUUGAAAGAAACAUACCAAAUCAAAUGUGGUAACUCAGUAGCAUAACUGAAAAUAAAAAUCAUCUGUAUUUCUCAUUUAUUGGACAGCAAAGAACAAAAAAAAAAAGAUAUUUAAUAAUUAGAUUCAAGUUUGUACUUCAAUAUGUUAGAAUUGUAUUUACAGUUUGUAUGUACAGUUGUAUGAGCUACAUAUAUGACAAAGUUAUCUCUAUGUCUCUCUCAAAAUGUAGUAUUUUUGAAGUACUUUAAUAAAAAAAUCAAAAUAAGGUGAUA